CUGCUUUAAAGGAAUCUGCAGAGUUUUCCAGAAUGAUGCCAAGAAAAAGAAAGCGGUUAACUCCAUUAAAUAUUGUCCAAAGUAAACCCGGCUUCUCUCCAGCUGACACCUCUGGGAGCCUGACAGUUCUUCUUGAUGGGAAUUCCUCUCCAGUAAGCAGCAAAUACUUCAGUGAAGAGAAGAGGACAUCUUCCCGGCUAGGGACAGACUUUUUCAACCAACCCUGCAUCAACCUGGCUAAAUCAUUUCUAGGACAGAUUUUAGUUCAUAAACUUCCUGAUGGCAGAGAACUCCGGGGAAGGAUUGUGGAAACGGAGGCAUAUCUGGGUGGGGAAGAUGCAGCUUCCCAUUCAAAGGGAGGGAAGCAAACUGCAAGAAAUGCAGCAAUGUUCAUGAAACCGGGAACCCUGUAUGUGUACCAGAUCUAUGGGAUUUAUUUCUGCAUGAAUGUUUCCAGCCAGGCUGAAGCACAUUUGGGAGCCAAGCAGCUGCUAAGAUGCAUGACUAGAAAAGCAGGCGGUAGGUCAGUGGAAAACCAGAAGAAACAAUACACACAGUUCUUUGGGGAAGGGGCUGCAGUCCUGCUCCGGUCCUUGGAACCUCUGCAGGGCCUGGACACCAUGAGGCAGCUGCGAAGUGCUCGGAGGAAAGGAUCAGCCAAGCCCCUGAAGGACUGGCAGCUGUGCAAUGGGCCCUCCAAGCUCUGUCAAGCGCUUGCUAUUAACAAGAGCUUUGACCAAAAGGACCUGGCUCAUGACACAACAGUCUGGAUGGAGCCUGGCUCAGAAGCACUGGGAGAGCAGGCUCUGGUGACUGCAGCCAGAAUUGGUGUCAGCUACGGUGGAGAGUGGGCACAGAAACCGCUGAGGUUUUAUAUACGAGGGAACAAAUGUGUGAGUGUUGUGGACAAGAAGAUGGAGAGAGAGCAAGCUGCUGCAGAAUAGAGGUGUGGGGGGAGCCUGGCCAAGACUGGGCUCUUGGUAAGGCCUGUGCUUUCAUUAACUAUCAGCCCCAGGCUCUGACCUGAUGGAACCAGGCCAGGGGGGUGGUGCUGGUUUGGAAGCUGUUUUAAUAAUAAAUGUGCUUUGUUAUAAUGAAA